AGUACAUUUGUUUUUAUUUUUAAAUAUUCAUCACUCCAACCAUUAUCUCUCUCCUUAACAUAAAUAAAGAUAACAACUCCUGUCACCCAUCGCGUAGCAACAGUAUGCUGCUUGAAGUUCGAGUGAUAAGUUCUGACUUGAGCUCACAGUCCUUGACCUAAAUUUCGCGGUCGAAAACUCUGAAUCGGCAUUCUUUCCAGUGAACUCCAUCUAUUCGGACGAAAAUGGCGCUAGCAAAGCCGAUAUUAUAUUCUUAUUUCCGUAGCUCCUGUUCAUGGCGUGUGAGAAUCGCAUUAGCUCUAAAAGGAAUUGAUUAUGAGCUCAAGGCGGUAAAUCUGUUGACUGGUGAACACCUAUCUCCAGAAUUCCGAGAAAUAAAUCCACAGGCUGAAGUUCCUGCUUUCGUUCAUUCCGGCCAUGUUUUGGGCCAUUCUGUUGCCAUACUAGAGUAUCUUGAAGAAGUCGAGCCGGCUCAUCCUCUACUGCCGAAAGAUCCAGCGUCACGUGCUGCAGUUCGCGCCAUUGUUGAUUCCAUAGUUGCCGGUAUCCAGCCUCUUCAGAAUAUGCGAGUUUUAAAAUAUUUGGAAUCGAAUGUCACUUCUUGGGCAAAACAUUGGGUGGAAUUUGGUUUCGAAUCUUUGGAGCGGUCGCUGCAAAAAACUCACGGAUUGUAUUGCUUUGGUGAUGAAGUAACUUUGGCGGACGUGUGUUUAGUGCCACAAGUGUUCAAUGGUAGCAGAUUUGAUGUUGACAUGAAACAAUUUCCGCUUAUCAGUGAAAUUAAUAAUCGUUUGCUUCAGUUAAAAGCAUUCAAAACCAACCAUCCGUUUGCACAACCAGAUUGCCCCGAUAAUCUAAAAACCAAUUUCGAGUAAAUGCCGUUAAGCAACAGAUCAAUCGAGUGAAGAAGCAAUUUAUAGAGAUCUAAUUUUUUCGACUCGACUUCAACUGAGAAACAUUCUUCAGAAAACUGAAAAAAAAAAAGACUUCAAACUAAGUGAGAUUUACAAGAGUACCUAAUAUGUUCAAACAUUUUUUUUUUCUUUUUGGAGAAAAUGGCUUCCGCUCAAAUUUUCACUUGAGUAUAUAUUUUUGUAACAUAAAAGUAAGUGAACUGUUUUUUUCAUGGAAACAAUGGAAAGAUAUGCUGUAUAAAACUUUCACUUGUUUGUGUUUCAUUUUUUCCCUUAAAUCAUGGCUAUUUUUUAGGCAUUUUAUAUUUGAAUGAAAUAUGGAAAAUAGAAAAAAAUGUGAGAGCAGCAGCUUCAACACUCCUUUCCCCCAUCUCUUAUAUCAUAUUUUACUCUUUUUCUUUUCCAGAGAAGCCUACGCCAAUGAUAUGAAGUAAAAUUAAUAUGUGAGCAUCUAUUUGAUUUUCUUUUUUGCAGUUCGAAAUGUACUUUUUUCAUCCGUUUAUAAAGAGUCGAUUGCAUUUAUUUUUGCUUAAGCAUACUAUUUAAAA